CUUGCGGGAGCGAGCGCGUCCGGGAGCCCGCGGGCCGAGAAGCGCUGCGGGUUGGGAGUCCCGCGGCUGCGGCUCAGGAUUCCAAGAUUGGAUAUAACAGUACAGAGGACCUGGGACAACUCCCCUUUGUCUUCCAGAUAAGGAAAUUGACACUUGGCAAGAUUAUCUGUGGAACAUAAGCAAUGGAUUCCUUGGACCAUAUGCUGACCGAUCCCCUGGAACUGGGUCCAUGUGGAGAUGGCCAUGGCACACGUAUUAUGGAGGACUGCCUCCUGGGGGGCACCAGGGUUAGUCUGCCUGAGGACCUUCUGGAGGAUCCUGAGAUAUUCUUUGAUGUAGUCAGCCUCUCAACAUGGCAGGAAGUAUUGAGUGACUCUCAACGUGAACACCUCCAGCAGUUUCUGCCUCACUUUCCUGAAGACAGUCUUGAGCAGCAGAAUGAGCUCGUCCUAGCCUUGUUCAGCGGAGAGAACUUCCGCUUUGGGAACCCUCUGCACAUUGCCCAGAAGCUUUUCCGAGAUGGACACUUUAACCCCGAGGUGGUUAAGUACCGGCAGCUGUGCUUCAAGUCCCAGUAUAAGCGCUACCUCACCUCCCAGCAGCAGUAUUUCCAUAGGUUGCUGAAGCAGAUCCUGGCUUCCCGGAGUGACCUGCUGGAGAUGGCCCGACGGAGUGGUCCGGCCCUUUCCUUUCGCCAGAAGCGCCCUUCACCAUCCCGCACCCCUGAGGAGCGGGAGUGGCGGACCCAGCAACGCUACUUGAAGGUCUUGAGGGAAGUGAAGGAGGAAUGUGGUGACACAGACCUGUCAUCUGAUGAAGAAGCCACGUUGGAUUUACAAGAAAAAUUUUCUUUUGAAGAUCUCAGCUCAUGGCUUCCGAGCUCUCCAGCGCGUUCUCCUAGCCCUGCGGUGCCCCUGAGGGUGGUGCCCACGCUUUCAACCACGGAUAUGAAAACUGCAGAUAAAAUAGAACUGGGGGACAGUGACCUGAAGAUAAUGUUAAAGAAGCACCAUGAGAAGCGGAAACAUCAACCAGAUCAUCCGGACCUUUUGACAGGGGACCUGACUCUCAAUGACAUCAUGACCCGAGUAAAUGCUGGCAGGAAGGGCUCUCUGGCAGCGCUAUAUGACUUGGCUGUCCUUAAAAAAAAGGUUAAGGAAAAAGAGGAGAAGAAGAAGAAGAAAAUAAAACUGAUCAAAUCAGAGGCAGAGGAUUUGACUGAACCCUUAAGCAGUGCUGAUGGGAUCCCACCUCUCUCACAGGCCCCUUCUCCACUGGCUAUACCUGCUAUCAAGGAGGAGCCUCUUGAAGAUCUCAAGCCUUGCCUUGGAAUCAAUGAAAUAUCUUCCAGUUUCUUCUCUUUGCUCUUAGAGAUCUUGCUGCUGGAGGGGCAAGCUAGCCUUCCUAUGCUGGAGGAACGGGUUUUGGAUUGGCAGUCUUCUCCAGCCAGCUCCCUCAAUAGCUGGUUCUCCGCGGCCCCCAACUGGGCGGAGUUGGUGUUACCAGCCCUGCAGUAUCUUGCUGGAGAAAGUCGUGCUGUACCUUCCAGUUUCUCUCCAUUUGUUGAAUUCAAAGAGAAAACCCAGCAGUGGAAAUUGCUUGGCCAGUCCCAAGAUAAUGAGAAGGAAUUAGCUGCACUCUUUCAGCUAUGGCUAGAAACCAAAGACCAGGCUUUCUGUAAGCAAGAAAAUGAAGACAGCUCAGAUGCCACAACACCUGUUCCUCGGGUAAGAACUGACUAUGUGGUGCGGCCCAGCACGGGGGAGGAGAAACGAGUUUUUCAGGAACAGGAGCGUUACAGAUACAGCCAGCCCCAUAAAGCGUUCACCUUUCGCAUGCAUGGCUUUGAGUCUGUAGUGGGGCCUGUGAAGGGUGUUUUUGACAAGGAGACCUCACUCAACAAGGCUCGGGAGCAUUCCCUACUGCGCUCUGACCGGCCUGCCUAUGUCACCAUCCUGUCUCUUGUUCGGGAUGCUGCAGCCCGGCUGCCUAACGGAGAAGGUACCCGGGCAGAGAUCUGUGAGCUGCUCAAGGACUCCCAGUUUCUGGCACCAGAUGUCACCAGCACUCAGGUGAACACAGUAGUGAGCGGAGCCCUGGAUCGGCUGCAUUAUGAAAAAGACCCAUGUGUGAAAUAUGACAUUGGCCGAAAGCUGUGGAUCUACCUGCAUCGAGACCGGAGCGAGGAGGAGUUUGAGCGGAUUCACCAAGCACAAGCAGCUGCAGCUAAAGCCAGAAAAGCCCUUCAGCAAAAACCCAAGCCUCCAUCCAAAGUGAAGUCUGGUAGCAAGGAGAGUUCAUUGAAGGUCCUCAGCAGUGGCCCUUCUGAGCAGAGCCAGAUGAGCCUCAGUGACUCCAGCAUGCCACCCACUCCAGUCACACCUGUGACCCCCACCACUCCGGCUCUACCUGCCACUCCGAUCUCUCCUCCUCCUGUGUCCUCAGUGAACAAAAGUGGCCCUACUCCUGUCUCAGAACCAGCAAAAUCUAGCUCAGGUGUUCUUCUGGUGUCUUCACCCACAAUGCCACAGCUAGGAACAAUGCUCUCCCCGGCUUCUAGCCAGACUCCUCCAAAUUCUCAGGCAGCCGCCCGUGUCGUGAGCCACUCUGGCUCGGCUGGACUGCCUCAGGUGCGGGUGGUGGCCCAGCCUGGCCUUCCUGCUGUCACUCAGCAGUCAGCAGGGCCAACACAGACACUGCCACAGAUGCCAGCGGGACCACAGAUGCGCGUUCCGGCCACUGCUACUCAGACCAAAGUCGUGCCGCAGACAGUAAUGGCCACCGUUCCAGUCAAGGCUCAGACUCCGGCGGCCACUGUGCAGCGGCCUGGACCCGGGCAGACGGGGCUCACGAUGACAAGUCUCCCUGCCACAGCCAGCCCCGCAAGCAAGCCGGCCACCAGUUCUCCUGGGAGCUCUGCUCCGAGUGCUUCCACAGCUGCUGUCAUUCAGAACGUCACAGGACAGAACAUUAUCAAGCAGGUGGCAAUCACUGGGCAGCUCGGUGUGAAGCCCCAGGCAGGCAACAGCAUUCCACUCACAGCCACUAACUUCCGUAUCCAGGGUAAGGACGUAUUGCGUUUGCCACCUUCUUCCAUCACCACAGAUGCCAAAGGCCAGACGGUUCUGCGAAUCACUCCAGACAUGAUGGCCACGUUGGCCAAGUCCCAGGUGACCACAGUCAAACUGACCCAGGACCUCUUUGGGACAGGAAGCGGCACUGCGGGCAAAGGCAUUUCUGCCACCUUACACGUCACUUCGAAUCCUGUCCAUGCAACGGAUAGCCCUGCCAAGGCCAGUUCGGCCAGUGCCCCUUCGUCCGCUCCAACAGGUACCACCGUGGUUAAAGUGACUCCUGACCUCAAGCCAACAGAAGCCUCAAGUUCAGCUUUUCGCUUGAUGCCGGCACUUGGUGUGAGUGUGGCAGACCAGAAGGGGAAAAACACAGUGGCUUCUUCGGAAGCAAAACCAGCUGCCACCAUCCGUAUCGUGCAGGGCCUGGGUGUGAUGCCCCCCAAAGCAGGCCAGACCAUCACAGUCGCGACCCAUGCCAAGCAAGGGUCCUCAGUGGCCAGUGGGUCUGGAACUGUCCAUACUUCAGCAGUGUCCUUGCCCAGUAUGAAUGCUGCCGUAUCCAAGACUGUGGCCGUGGCCUCUGGGGCUGCAAGCACCCCCAUCAACAUCGGGACAGGAGCCUCUGCUGUGCGGCAGGUCCCUGUCAGCACCACAGUUGUUUCCACGUCCCAGGCUGGGAAGCUGCCUACUCGGAUCACAGUUCCUCUCUCUGUUAUUAGCCAGCCUAUGAAGGGCAAAAGUGUGGUCACAGCCCCCAUCAUCAAAGGCAACCUUGGAGCUAACCUCGGCGGGUUGGGCCGCAAUAUCAUCCUGACCACCAUGCCGGCGGGGACUAAGCUCAUUGCCGGCAAUAAGCCCGUUAGUUUCCUCACUGCCCAGCAGUUGCAGCAGCUUCAGCAGCAAGGCCAGGCCACACAGGUGCGCAUCCAGACUGUCCCCGCAUCCCACCUUCAACAGGGAACAGCUUCUGGUUCCUCCAAAGCAGUGUCCACUGUUGUUGUGACCACAGCUCCAUCUCCUAAACAGGCACCUGAACAGCAGUGAUUCAGAAAGAGAAAGAUGGCGUCCAUGAAAGCACGCACCUGGGCUGCCCUUCUGGCCGAAAGGAGGGGAGCAGGGAGGUUGCAAUGUCCUUCUCAGCUUGUCUGUUGAAGGGAAGGCCAGCAGUGGGAUGAUGUCAGCAGUGGCCUGGAUUCUGCCGCAACACUCCACGGUGGAGCACGCUGAGAAAAGUGCCCCCCCAGCUUCCAAGGGCUGUUCCGUUCCGAUCCAGGAGAAGCUCCUCUGUUUGGGUUGGAUGAAGUCAUAGUUGUGCCACACGAGCCAUGGUUCUCUCCUGAGAGCCAGACACCAGGGGAAGGCUUAUAGCUGCAGAGUAUGCAGACCAUCAGUAAGCCUUGUUCUCGAUGUGGAUUGUAUUUUUUAGCUUCUGGUCUUCUCUGUGACUAGUGGUCUGGAUAGGAAUUUUGUGUCCAGAAAUUUUUAUGUAACUUAUUUUUUUAAAGAACCUGUUGUACAUCUUUAUCCAGUGGAAACGUGGGCUUUAUAAAGCCCCCACUCCCCACUGCCCCAAACUGAUUGCUUAUUCUUUUGAUGAGAAUGAGAGAAUAGCAGGAUUCUCAGUGAGUUGGUGGCUGACUUGAGAGCUGCAUAGUAAUGGGGAGGCUGUCACCUGGGUAAGAAACUGAGGAAGUGAGAUAGCGUGGGUUCCCUGAAGUGGGACUAGUUUGGCACUACCUCAUAAAGAUGAGGUAUCAGGAUCCUGACAGUGGUCCAUAUCUUCAUCUACUGACUUUGUCCCUUUGUUAGGCCUGUUCACACAAAAGUCCAGAGCCUGUGGACAGAAUAGGCAAGUGCCAGCAGACUUGCUGCUUUUGCAGCAUAGACUUUAUUGCAGUUCAGAGAUUAUAUGUUUUGCUUUGCUUCAGGGCAAGAGUCUGCACACCACAGCCCUGGGCUGGCUACCUGUUUUUGUAAAUAAAGUCUUAUUGGAACACAGUCCAUGGCCAUUCGUUGAUGUAUUAUCCUUGGCUGCUUUCAGUCAGAAGGCAGAACUGAGUAGUUGCCAGAGUCCAGAUGUUCCUCAGGCCUAAAAUGUCUUUUACGUCCUUAGGCCCUUGAGGUAGAACUUUAUGGACUUCUGCUCCAGAGUAGAGAUGGCAAGAGGAGAGAGUGGGUGUGCCCACUAUGCAGGUGAGGCCACACAGUCAUAGGAGAGCUCAGUCGGGAGUUACAAGUCCUUUUAUCCUGGCUGCCUCACAGUUCUCAGCCUAUUCAAGCUGUGGCAGAGCUCAGAACAGUAUUUUGAAAUGUAAUAAUUAAAGCACUGGUUGUUAACAAUAUAUGCCUCUCUUGUGUGGGACCAGGGGUAGACAGCAAGGCUGUUCUCCAGUGUCAGGGCUUCUCUCUCUCUCUCUCCUUCGCUCACUCUCUCUCUCUGUUUCCAGAUUAUUAAAGAUGCAUCUUUAAUCUGUGGAAAUUUAGUUGAUGAUCUUUUAUGGGGUCUGGUGAGGAAGUGGAGUUGAGGACAGAAGAUGUCAGUGGCCUAGUUUAGAGGAUUGCAAGGUGGAAGCUGAGUGAUCAGGAUGAUUACAGAGGAGGUCAGGGUGGCUUGUGGCUUUUGAGAUACCGCAUUUGAUUCUUAAAACAGUUGUGUAAAUAGACAUCAUCAACCGUCUUCUAACUUCUCAUCCCUGGGAGAAGUGGUAAGUCUGAGUUGAGGUUAAAGGGAACCAGGAUGUAAAUCCAGUCUUCUGAGUUUAAGUAUCCUUUCUGCUGCCUUCCUAUGGAAGGGUGGCUGUGUGGGUCAUGCUGAGGUGUGGGGACAGUUGGAGCUAGGGCGGUAAGCCCAAGAUACAGAGAGCCAAGGAGAAUUGGCUGAGGGGUGACUGAGCUUUUGCUAGUAGUGGGAGGCUGGCACAGAAGUCCAGCUGGGAAGGGGGAGAGGAAGGGACAUCCGUGAAGGAGAAAAAUGGCCUUUUAGCAGAGUGGAGAAGAGUGCGUCUGUGUUCUCCCGUACUUUAAUAUUUGCACAUCAUUGCUUCCUGGAGGCACAUUUCACGUGAAGAAUCCACAUGACAGUUUCUGAAUGAGAAAACGGUAGAAAUUUGAGGAAUCCUGUCUCAGGUAUUUAUUGGUUAAAACAGACCCCUUCUGAAUUUACUUAACAAAUGAGUUCAUGAAAGGAGCUCUGGCAUUCAGCCCCAGCCCUGCCUCACACGUUUUUUUACUGAAGUCACCUGGCUGUGCCUGUCUCUGAGAGCCUGCAGACAUUUGUCUGCAUGCUAGGGGAGCAGGGCUGUUUUAGGACGCUAGUGUAGGACUGCCUCCCCGGGAAGUACGAUUUGGCACUGCCCAGCCUGUCAGUGGAGUACUGAGGAGUGGCAAGCCCCGGCUGGAGUUGUUCAAGUGACGUCACCAGUAUUUGCAUCAAACGUGGUUCCGUGGAGACCUCAGGGGUCUUGUGGAGAUGUGGUAGAGAUGGCGACUGUUUGGGGGGGGGAAUAAGUCCAGAAGAAUUCAUGGCAGCCACUGAGCCUCUGACCCCGAGGUUCAGAGGUUGGUAAAAGUGUUCAGAUUAGAUGUCUUAAGACUGGAUUGGAUAAAUAGCAUUGUUUGUGAUGAGUUUGUACCGUAAUACCACACGUAAGGAUGUUUUUCUCCAGGGCUGGUCAAUUCCAUGAAAGUAUCCCAAACGGCUGCUGUGAAGGGUGUAUUACAGUAAGUUUCAAUAUUGUAUGUCCUGUCUUCACACCUCAGGUGCUCGCUCUAGAGAAAAUACGUUUCCUUAUAGUGUGGUACACUCCCCCCACCCUGCAAACCUAAAAUGGAGAUCUUUACUAUGAAAGUAAAACUGGAAAUAGGUUCCUUUUCCCCAUCUCCAGUCUCUAAAGAAAGAAUAUGUUUUAAAUUAAUUGCUCAUAAUAGAUCCUCCAGUAUUUGUUGAAUGAGUGUUUGGUUUCAUAGUCAGCAGGCCAAAGAAAGUGGACCCUGAAAGGGGACCACAGGUUCUCUUCUCGUAACUGUGUAUUUUCAAGUAGCUCAUUCUCAACCCCUGAUGUGUGACUUCAGCAUUGAAAUGCUGGCUAACCAUGGGAGGUCAGCAUUCACUUAGGUACAGCAUUUCUUCCAGAAAGCACCCAGUGCUUUGUGUGAAAGAUCUCUUUCCGCAUUUGUGUGAAGUAGCAGGAAGGAAGCUGACUUUUGCAUCCUGAAGGCUGGCUUCGCAACUUAGUAGCUGUGUGACCUUCUGCUAAUCAGCUUUUCUGGAGAACCUAAUAUGGCUUCUGUUACAGAUGGUUGUGUGUAUCAGGUGGGAUACUGUGCAUUUCAGAGUGUGGAAAGUGCUGUGCAAACCACUGGUAUCUUUUGUCUGGAAGACCUUUCAGAAUUGGCCUAGGCCACUUUAUCUGUUUGUAGAACUUCACUAACUCUCCACGUUCCUUCAUGAUUUCAUGGCCUUUGUCCUUCCUACUCUCUAUGCCUGGAAUGUGCUUUUUUUUUCUUCUACAGGGCAAACUCCCCAUAUGCUCCCCUCCCUUGUAGUUGUACUUACCCCUUAUGGCACUAGUCACCCUGUAUGUAAUCGCUUUCGUAUCUUCCCCAUUAGAUUGAAUUCCUUGCUGGACAGGGAUCUCCUUAAUUCUUUCAACCAUUUCAGUGCUGGUGCAAAGUAGAUGUUUAAUAAAUAUUUGUUGAAGGAAGUUUAAAAAAAAGAAAAAAGCAGAUCCAGAAGCAAGAUUAGACUGUCAAGACUUUAUAUUACUAGUUCAAGAUCCACAUCUUUUGCAGGAUUCCUAACCUUUGCUUUCAGCUGUAUUUAAAUUCAAGGCCUUCAGUAACCUCCCAUUUUUCUACCUCAUUAUACAGACUUCCUGUUAUCGUCUUCUUAUUAGGGUUCUUUUGAGGAACCAGAACAUUUGCGUUCCAGCUCUCAGCUGGGCCACUGACUAGCUUUCUGAUU